AUGAACGCUGGUCAAAUUAGAACGAUAUCAUUUUCUUUGUCUUCACACUGUUUUCGUUCUUUCUUUCCUUUAUUCUUUCGGUUUGACUGUAUCUUUCUUUUCUUCUUUCUGUCUUUCUUUCCUACUUUCUUUCUUUCUUUCUUUUUUCUUUUCUUUCUUUCUUUCUUUCCUUUAUUCUUCCGGUUUAACUGUAUCUUUCUUUCUUUCGUCCGAUAUAAAUGUUUUUUUCUUUUUUCUUCUUUGUUUAAUUGUAUCUUCCUUUCAUUCUUUUGGUUUAACUGUUUCUUUCUUUCCUUCUUUCCCUCUUUCUUUCUUUCUUUCUUUCUUUCUUCUUUUCUUUCUUUAUUCUUUCUUUCUUUAUCUUUCUUUUCUUUUCUUUCCUUCUCUUUCUCUUUCUUUCUUUCUUUCCUUUAUUCUUUCGGUUUAACUGUAUCUUUCUUUUCUUCUUUCUUUCCUUCUUUCUUUCUUUCUUUUUUCUUUCCUUUAUUCUUUCGUUUUAUCUGUAUCUUUCUUUCUUUCCUUCUCUCUCUCUUUCUUUCUUUCUCUCUUUUAUUCUUUCGGUUUAACUUUCUUUCUUUUUCUUUCUUUCCCUUUCUUUCUUUCUUUUCUUUCCUUUCUUUCUUUUAUCUGUAUCUUUCUUUCUUUCUUUCUUUCUUUCUUUCUUUCUCUCUUUUAUUCUUUCGGUUUAACUGUAUCUUUCUUUUCUUCUUUCUGUCUUUCUUUCCUUCUUUCUCUCUUUCUUUCUUUCUUUCUUUCGGUUUAACUGUAUCUUUCUUUCUUUCGUCCGAUAUAACUGUUUCUUUCUUUUUUCUUUUUUGUUUAAUUGUAUCUUCGUUUCUUUCUUUUGGUUUAACAGUUUCUUUCUUUCCUUCUUUCUCUCUUUCUUUCUUUCUUUCCUUCUUUCUCUCUUUCUGUUUUCUUUCUUUCCUUUAUUCUUUCGGGUUAACUGUAUCUUUUUUUCUUCUUUCUGCUUUUCUUGCCUUCUUUCUCUUUUUUUCUUUCUUUCCUUUGUUUUUUCGGUUUAACUGUAUCUUUCUUUUCUUCUUUCUGUCUUUCUCUCUUUCUUUCUCUCUUUCUUUCUUUCUUUCUUUCUUUCCUUUGUUUUUUCGGUUUAACUUUCAACUGUAUCUUUCCUUCCUUCUUUCUGUCUUACUUUCCUUCUUUUUCUCUUCCUUUCUUUCUUUUGGUUUAACUGUUUUUUUUUUUUCCUUCUUUCCUUUUUUCUUUCUUUCUUUCUUUCUUUCCUUAUUUCUUUCGUUUAACUGUUUCUUUCUUUUAUUCUUUUCUUUCUUUCUUUUUCUUUUUCUUUCUUUCUUUCUUUUUCUGUUUUCUUUCGUUAACUGUAUAUUUUUUUUUUUUCUUCUUUCUCACAUUUUUUUUUUUUCUUUCUUUUUUCUUUUAUUUUUUCGGUUUAACUUUAUUCUUUCUUUCUUUCUUUUUUUUCUUUCUUUUUUUCUUUUCUUUCUUUCCUUUUAUUCUUUCUUUAACUGUAUCUUUCUUUUCUUUUUUCAGUGUUUCUUUCCUUUAUUCUUUCGGUUUAACUGUAUUUUCUUUUUCUUCUUUUUUUUUCUUUUUCUUUAUUUGUUUCUUUUUUUCCUUUAUUCUUUCAAACUUAUCUUUCUUUUCUUGUUUCUGCUUUUCUUUCCUUCUUUCUUUUUCUUUCUUUCUUUCCUUUAUUCUUUCGGUUUAACUGUAUCUUUCUUUUCUUCUUUCUGUCUUUCUUUCCUUCUUUUUCUCUUUCUUUCUUUCUUUCUUUCUUUCUUUCUUUCGUUUAUUCUUUCUGUUUUACUGUAUCUUUCUUUCUUUCGUCCGAUGUAA